AACGCCGAUGACUUCGGAGUAUAAUAAUUAUAUAAACAUGGCGAUAGGCAAGAUUCGAUACUCGAGGUCAUCAAGAUCCUCUCAAGUAAGCUGCAUAUUUAGUCUUCUUUGAAUCAAAUGCAAAAUGCCUUCCCACGGUCAAUACACUGUUGAAAAGGUCCGGUAUCCUUCACACGGAGAGACUAUCGGUGGAGUCUUAUUCCGUCCCAUCAAUAUCACGAACCCCCCCGGCAUCGUUGUCACCGGCCCAUAUUCUUUUAUGAAAGAACAAGCGCCACUGCAAUACGCGACUCGUCUUGCAGAUGAAGGCUACGCAACCCUAAUCUUCGACCCUCGCACAGUCGGCGAAAGCACCGGUCAGCCCCGACGACUGGAAAACCCCAAAAUGAAAAACGAGGAUAUAGUCGCAGGCCUUGACUACCUCUCUACACGUGGAGAUGUCGAUGCAUCUCGGCUCUUCUUGGUCGGAAUCUGUCAGGGUGGCCCCCAAUCGCUGGAUGUGGCAUCUUACGACAGCCGAGUUGCAGGCGUUGCCUCAGUCACGGGAUACUAUCGGGACCACGAAACCGACAUUUAUAUGAUUUGCGCUGGUUGUGUUGCGUGGGAGCCUGGGGUGGAUAUUGCGGCAUUGAAGAUGCCCACCGCCGAACAGGGAGAAGCACUGUACAAAGCACGACUUGAGCGAGCUAAACAAGCUCGUGAAUUAUAUAACAAGACCGGGGAAGUAGUAUAUCAGCCGCUGGUCGAUCCAAAGGCCGCAGACCCUAAUACCGGGUCAUUGGCCGGCCUUCCGGGACCGGUCGUUUGGGCCUGGUACGGGCCGUGGACACUGAAGGGAUUUGAAAACCAAUAUGCGGUGAUGAGCGACCUAGACCACUUUGACUAUACCACCGUCCCGGGUGUGGCGAAGCUAAAGAAGCCGGCGCUGCUGAUCCAUGGUGACAACUGCAUGAAUCCACCGGCUGCUAAGCGUCACUACGAGUCCAUUCCCGCAACUCAGAAAAAGCUGAUCUGGAACGAGUUCUCCCACUUUCAGCACUAUGAGCAGCCGGAUUGUGUUGAUCGCAAUGUGGGGGACAUUGCGACUUGGUUUGCGGAGGUUAAAUAGAGUGCCAUUGGC